AUGUUUGGUGUUGCUUUUGGUACAGUAGUGCAACGCAUAUUCCCCGUGCCACGGUUAAUGAAGAUGAGUGAUCUGCAGCGCAUUUUGUCCAACAAUAAGGCAGCAGAAGAGCUACUAGAAUCCCUUAAGCAGGAGCUGAAAGUCGUUAAGAAUGAACAAGUGCAGCGCAAAAUUGUAAAAUUACAGGCCGAAAAUGAAGCUCUCCGCAAAGAGGUAGAUUCGUGUCUCAAGAAAUUAGUUCAGCUGGAAGUAGCUAAUGGAAAGGUGCAGAUACCAGUACCCACACCGGACGAAGUUAGGGCUGGUGGACCAGCGUUAGUCAAGAUCGAACCUGUUCAGCAGACGCCUGUAGCUACCCAAAGUCCUCAAGAAUCUGCACCAGUGAAGACACAACAAACCAAGGAAAGUAAACCACCAAAAGAGAAGAAACCCAAAAAAGAACCUAAACCAGCCGGCGAAGCGAAGCAAGCCGCCGCACCUGCCGUUGAAGAACCGCCGAUUGACGUGGGUCGCCUGGAUAUGCGUGUCGGUCGCAUUGUAGAAGUAUCGCGCCAUCCCGAUGCGAACAGUCUGUACGUGGAGAAGAUCGACUGCGGUGAGCCCAGCGGACCUCGUACGGUAAUUUCCGGACUGGUUAAUUUUAUCCCGAUCGAAGAGAUGCAAAAUCGCAUGGUUGUCGCGCUGUGUAACCUGAAACCGGCGAAAAUGCGCGGAAUACUAUCGGAGGCGAUGGUGAUGUGUGCGUCGACGCCAGACAAAGUGGAAAUUCUUGCCCCACCGGAAGGAUCCGUACCAGGGGAUCUGGUACACGUUGAAGGAUAUCCCCGUGUCCCGGACUCGGUGAUGAAUCCCAAGAAGAAAAUUUUUGAAACGGUCGCACCAGACUUAAAAACGAACGAACAACUCGUAGCUUGCUACAAGGACGGUACAUUCGUUGUUCCUGGAAAAGGACAAGUUAAGGCACAAACGUUGAAAAAUGUACAAGUUAAGUGAGUUGUUAUCGGUCAACUAGUUUUGAGAAGAUAGGUAUUUGUUUUUUCUCAAUAA